AUGUUGUAUCGGAUAAUAUCACAAGAGGGGUUUUUCAAAAUCUAUUCGGGUUUGACGGCGUCUCUUUUGAGACAAGCAACUUAUUCGACAACCCGAUUUGGAAUCUACGAAGCACUCAAAGAUUACUAUAUUAAGCACAGCCAUAAUCAACACCCCGGCACUCUUGUAUUAUUACCCAUGUCUAUGAUUUCGGGGGCAAUGGGGGGUCUUGUGGGAAACCCGGCUGAUGUUGUCAACAUUAGAAUGCAAAACGAUUCAACUUUGCCAAUUCAGCAAAGACGAAAUUACAAGAAUGCAUUUGAUGGCUUGUACAGAGUAUACAAGAGUGAAGGGCUUAAGUCGUUAUUCAGAGGUAUAUCUCCAAACUUGGUUAGAGGGGUGUUAAUGACAGCUUCGCAAGUUGUGACCUACGAUAUUGCAAAAGGUCUUUUGAUUGAUCAAGUACAUAUGGAUCCAGCAAAGAAAUCUACUCAUUUUAGUGCGUCCUUGAUUGCUGGAUUGGUUGCAACUACUGUUUGCUCCCCCGCAGACGUUGUGAAAACGAGAAUCAUGAACAGCAAGGGCAGCGGUCAAGGCGCAUGGACUAUACUUCAAAAUGCUAUUAAACAUGAAGGAGUUGGAUUUAUGUUUAGAGGUUGGCUUCCAGCGUUCAUCAGGUUAGGCCCACACACAAUUGUUACUUUCUUGGUCUUGGAGCAAUUGAGAAACUUUAGACUUGGAAUGUAG